AUGUAUCUUUCUUUUUCUCUUCCUUCUUGUUUCUCUUUUCCACNAGAUGCUUUAUUAUUUGUUUCUCAAAUUGAGGGCAAACUCGAGACUGUCGCUGCAAACCCAAAAGAAGUGGAAGAAAAGAAGCAGAAAGGUGGUGAACUGAUCAAAACGGCAAAGGAGGCUGCAGAGAAAGCAAGAGAAGUGGCCGACAGAACUACAGACAAAGCAACUAAAACUGAAAACGAGGCAAUGUUUGCUAGUGAACUGGUACAGGGUGAUAUGAAAACAACUGUUGAAAAGGCCAUCCAAGCAGCUGAUGCUGCACGCCAAGUGGUACAUGAAACUGGAGGUCAUGCGACGGAUGCGGAAGCUGCUGCCAAACGUGUGAAGGAUGUCCUGCAGAACCUCGACGCUGCAGUUUCUGCUGCCAAAGAGAAGAAGGAAAAACAGGUGGAGUCUCAGGCACAG